CAUCUUGACACUUCAUUCCAACAAUUCUGUUCUCAUAUGAGCUCACCACACUACAUUCAAGCGAAGUUUGACUUUAGUGGCCUCUGAACAUGGAUUUCGACGAUCAAGGCACGGUACGAGCCCGCAAGAGGAUACGCCUGCAAUCCCCGGAGCCGGACUUUCCUAAUAAUAUCGGUGACCCUCUCUGGUCAGAACCGGAAUUAUUUCCUGAGCUCAUGUGCGACGACGACUCAUGGGCCAGCAUCUUCCAACCUACAGAUGAAGGCAAUGAUGAAGGGAGACUCGACAUUGUAACCGAAUCAUUCGUCGCAGAGACAGUUCGCGAUGUCUGUCUUGGAGUGAUAACGUUGAGUGCGACAUCAUCAUUUUUCAAAAAUCGACGAAACUCAGAGACUGCAGUCAACCUACAGCAAUGUGGGGGUAUCUUGAAGCUCUGUACUUCGGACGCGGGUGCAUAUGCCGGCAUCGUCACUGAGUUGUUUCCAUCAGAGUUACUAACCCGCAAUUCGGUAAAGCUCAGCGCUCUGUUGAUUGCUCCAGCAUCUCUUCGCAUCAUUCUAUUCAGCCCGAUCGAAGAAGCGGUAGAGAUUGGUGAUCUCUUGUCUAAGAACAGCCUUUUCCUCCAACAUCCACUACCUCGAGACAUCGAAUAUUUUGAGCUAGAGACGGAAUACUUCAACCCCCAUUACCUCGUUAAUCCGGGAUCUCGCAUGCCACAGUUGGAAGAUCUUGCCAUCGAGUACAAUGAUUGCGCAUCAAAUGCGUCUGUUGCGUUGGACGAGCAGAAAAAAGGACAACUCAUGGGCAUUUUUGACACCGCAGCUGAUCUUUCCAUUCGACCGACGGCCGAACCAAGCCCACGACUGCAGACCCGCCUGAAAGACUAUCAGCUCAAAGCUCUCACAGUGAUGAGCGAAAAAGAGUGUGCCAACGUUGAGAAUCCUCAAUGUACUUCGCUCUGGGUUGCACGCGAUGCACCGGGCGGAGACAGGGAGUACCGCCACAGGAUAACGGGGCAUAGGGUUGAUGUUCUGCCCUUUUGUGCUGGAGGAAUCCUUGCUGAUGAGAUGGGUCUUGGGAAGACUCUCUGCGUUUUGUCCCUCGUUUGCUGGUCGCUGGACUUGUUGAGGGAUCCCGAAGCUCAAGUGCAUGGUUCUGAGUUCUCAACAACUUUAAUUGUCAUUCCUAAAAGCAUGAUUCCUGGGUGGGAAACUCAGAUCAAGAGGCACAUUAGCCCCGGUCAAAUCCGUGUUGCCCUUUACCAUGGUGCUGGUCGACAAAGUCUUGCCAAGGCGUUCCGAAACAAUGACAUUGUCUUGACAACAUAUCAGACUUUGCGGUCUGAGUGGACUACGAAGGGCCCGUUAUUCACAGAGCAAUGGUUUCGUGUUGUGCUCGAUGAAGCCCAUCGAAUUGGUAAUAGGUCAACUCAAGUCUUUCAGGCUGCAUGUGAACUCCAGUCCUUGAGGCGCUGGUGUCUUACAGGAACCCCUAUUGUUAAUUCCAUCGAUAACUACGGAGCGUUGCUGGCCUUCAUCGAGAUGGAACCCUUGGCUGAAAAGGCCACAUUCGAUCGUUGGAUAUCCAAUCUGGUUCGGGACAAUGUGCAAGAAGGCCUUCGAAAGCUCCGUAUUCUAGUCGAAGCGACCUGUCUCCGUCGGACCAAAUCUAGCAUUUCACAAGGACUCCCUCCUCGGACAAUCCGCAUAGAAAAGGCUGAAUUGCAUCCACAUGACCGGGCUCUUUACGAUUUCUUCGAAAGUGAAGCUGCCACAAACGCCGCCGAAGCCUUUAACAAGUAUCCUGUCAACCCUUCAGCGAUAGGUAAGGAAAAGAAGAAUGUUUUGUGUCUGAUUAACAAUCUUCGCCGAAUUUGCGAUCACGGAGAGGAGCUUUUAUCAGCGUCGGACAUUGAAACGUGGAGGUUGAAAAUCAUUCAAGGGCCAAGUUCGCAGGCGAUACACUGCAGUGCUAUACAACAACUUGGGACAAAUUAUGGUGUUGAUUCAUACUGUGGCUUGCCGGCCAGGACGAUGAGCGCAUCUGAGGGUCCGACCCAAACUCAGCCAUCUGCUAAAGUGCAAAGAUUGAUACAUAACAUUCAAGCAGAACAAAUCGACAACUUAGCAGGGUCGGCUGUUCCACCGGUGAAAAGCGUGGUGUUCAGUUAUUGGACUAAGAUGCUAGACCUUGUUCAAAAUGCUCUUUUACAGGCUGGCUUCUUAUGUGAGAGAAUCGAUGGCCAGUACUCCAUCAAGCAACGAGAGGCGGCGCUGUCUAGAUUCGCAGAGGACCCUCGUUGUACUAUAAUGCUGGCUACUAUUGGGAGUGGGGGUGAAGGCAUUGAUCUAACAUCUGCUAAUAACGUGCAUCUGCUGGAGCCUCAUUGGAACCCCAUGGCCGAAGAGCAAGCGAUUGCACGUGUUCAUCGAAUUGGUCAGCAACGUCACGUCACUGCCACAAAGUAUAUUACUCUGGACUCGAUUGAGGAGGUUUGUAGUAUCCAUCUAUGUCUAUGAAUCAAGGCAUAAGCUAGGUCUAAUUAUCUCGAGUAGUAUGUUCAAAGCAUCCAACUUGAGAAGGCUCAACUCAUUCAAAAUACAUGGAGCGUCAAUGAUGACUCUGGUGGGAAUAGCAUGGACGAUGAAACUUUAAAGAGCCUUGAGCGAUUUCUUGCUCCGAGCAAGGAUAUAUAAAUGAAAAUUCAAUUGACAACUUGAACCUGCCU